AUGGGUCAUGUCGUGUGGAACAUAGUGCGGGACUUGAACUUGUUCCUCGUCGUGGUAUUUAUGAUUGAGCAGUUGCCAGUGAACGAGCUUUUCCGCGAAACCUUCCGCAAAAUAAUGAUCGCCAUCAUGAUCGCGGUGAUGAUGUGGAGAUUGUUUGGCAACCUUUUUUUCGAGUCAUCGCCUGUGGGAGGUGCUCGAGUUGGCGGGCCGCUACGUCAAAAGAAAACUGAAGGAGGGAAAAGUCAGAAGCUGGAGUGGGCUGUAUGCGAGAUGCAGGGGUGGCGAGCAGCAAUGGAGGAUGCAACUUGCAUUGUGACAUCCUUGCCAGAACCCCUUGCAGAGCAGGCGCUUUUUGCAGUUUUUGAUGGUCAUGGCGGAUCACAAGUUUCGCACAUUGCUUCCAAAGAAUUUCCGAAGGUGCUCCAAGUGUGUGCAAACAAAUUGCAAGACGCUGAGACGGAAGAUGAGAAGGAGCCACAAGCAGAGUUGGAGAUUUCUGGGCCUUGCACACCUGGUAGUUCCAGCAGAUCCAAGCCCAGAGAUGAUCUCGCAAAGGAUCGAGAGGAAGAAGACAAGUGUCAAUUGUCCACCAAUGGUGUGGAGGCAGACAUUGCUCUCAAAGCGGAGGGUGGUCUAAGCGGGAAGGCCAUGUGUCGCCCCAGCAUGGACCUGGCAGACCGGACAGAGCCGAGGGCAGUGUCCUUGGCAGUAUGGCGGCGCAAGCGGCGCAAGCGGCGCAAGAUCGUUUCGAAUCAAUCAGGCGGGCCUGAAAAGGGUUUGGGCGGUGGAAAUCAGGUUGGUGGAUCCGUGCGGCUUGCUUUAGCUGUGACAGCGUCACUGGCGCCUCGCAGUCGUCGAAGAGCAGCCGAGCUGCCAACUGUCGUGCUUCGACGCGGCCGUGAGCAUUUGCUUUCGCCUUUGCUGUAUGAUGCUUCCGUUGAAAGGGUGAAAGGCUUCCCAAGCGCAGGCGACCUUGUAGAGGUAUGUGACUGGCGUGGCUGUGUGCUAGCUAUGGGAGUUUACAACCCCAACUCGAUGUACAGAGUGAGAGUCCUCCAACGUGGUGAAAACAGGCGGGACUUAUCUUCAAUCCUUUUGCACCGGUUGCGAGUUGCCAUGGCAACUCGCCGGUUGCUGGGCUUGCCCAAAGCUGGACAGGACGAGGCAUACCGACUUGUCAAUGGCGAAGGAGAUGGUUUGUCAGGACUGAUCGUUGAUGUUUAUGGAUGCAUCGCAGUGGUACGAGUAGCAGCCUACUGGGUUGAAAAACAUAGACGCACAGUGGAAGAUGGAAUUCGGUCAAUAUUCUUAGAGGUUGGGGUAAACAUCCGCCUUGUUUGGCGCCGAAGCUCAGCCCACCUGCAGCAGGACUUCCCGCAAGGUCUCUGCCAAAGUUUUGCAGAAGACGUUGAGGAAGAGGUGGACCCGCACGAAGAGUGUGAGGUCAUGGAGUCUGGCUUGCGCUUUUGGGUCCGCCCUGCUGGUGGCCAAAAGACCGGCCUUUAUUUGGACCAACGUGAAAAUCGCAGGCUGAUCCGGUCCUUGGUGGCCCUCCAAGAUGCACCACGAGUCCUUGAUUUGUGCUGCUACCAUGGUGCGUUCGCUUUGGCUGCAUUGGCAGGCGGUGCCUCGUGCGUGACUGCGGUAGACUCAUCUGCAGAGGCGUUGCAGGUUGCAGCUCGAAAUGCCACCCUGAACGGCUUCAAGUCCUCCUUAAAGCUUGAGCAAGGAGAUGUGGCAGCUUUCAUGCACCAGGCCGCAGCAGACAAGCAGGAGUAUGAUGUGGUUGUCCUGGAUCCUCCGAAAUUGGCUCCUUCCAGGCGCCGAGAGGCAUUGGCGAAGGCUGAACGGAAAUAUAUGGCUUUGAACGAGGCAGCGUUGCGCUUGGUGGCCCCUGGUGGCAUACUCCUGACAUGUACUUGUUCUGCGGCUAUGACUCAGUCCGGUCGUUUCAUAAGAAUGGUGAAGGCUGCUGCUUUUGGCGCAGAGCGCGAUCUUGCUGUACUGCAAACCUCACAGGCGGCUCCAGACCAUCCCGUUUCCCCGGCUUGCCCAGAGGCGGCAUAUUUGACAGCUGUAUUGGCCCGGUCGCUCUCGAUGAGCAUGAUUGCAAUGGAUGCAUUUCUGCGGCAGUUGGGGAAUGGCCUCAACUCACAACGGAGUGGCCUGGUCCCCUUGUCAAGUCCUUUGGGGAUUGUUGCAAGACAUUUGGAGGCGAACCGCCAAAGGAAUGCUUUCAAUUUGAUUGGUAGCACAGCCAUUGUUGCUUUGGUUGACUGCAGAGGCUCCCAACGAAGUGUUACAGUUGCCAACUGCGGAGAUUCUAGAGCUGUACUUUGCCGAGGGGGCAAGGCAAUUGAGCUUUCAGAGGACCACAAGCCGGAGCUUGAAAGUGAAGAGCAGCGAAUCAGGCUUGCAGGUGGUUCUGUGAAGCUGAUUGGCCCCUGCCACCGAAUAGACGGGUGGGGACUCAACCUGUCUCGAGCACUCGGUGAUUUUCACUACAAGGCACGGGCAGAUCUCAGUGCGGAGGAACAGAAGGUCAUCGCAGUGCCAGAGAUUCGAACGGUGCAGCUGGAUGACGAAGACGAAUUUUUGGUAUUAGCCUGUGACGGCUGCUUUGAGCUUCAUUCAUCCCAGGACGUAAUUGACAUUGUCAACAGUGCGUUAAGAGCCGGUGUCGAUGUGAAGCAGGCUGCAGAGCAACUUGUCGACAAAAGCUGCAGCCCGAACUUGGUGAAGACAAGAGGUAAAGGUGGAGAUAACUGCAGCGCUAUCGUCAUCAAGUUUCGCUGA